GCUUUCUCAGUUACUCUAUCUAUCUAGACUACUAUCAAUAUCAUCUAUGAUCGCAGUUAGUUGUGAGUGAAAGCUAAUUAAAAUAACAGAGAGAGAUGGGUGAUCAUCAGAGAGUUCAUCCUGCUGGGGAUGUGGAAGCGCCACCCACCACCCUGCCUGUGCCACUGCCACAGGGACCCCGACACGGUUCAUCAAUAACAACAACAACAACAACAGAGAAAGAAAAGUUUGAGAAAGAUCAGAAAGAGGAGAUUGAUCAGCAGGAGCAUCACCCUUUACAAUUACAGGCACGUAGUAGCCUUCCGGUUAAUAUCCAUGCGAAGAAGGCACCAACAAAUUUAAAGAGAAGCACAAGCACAUGUUCAUGUACUUGUUGGAGCAGGUGCAUUUGUUGCACAAUAGGCAUCCUUGUCUUUGUAUUCAUCAUAAUAGGAGCCACUGCUGGCAUUCUCUACCUUAUCUUCCAGCCAAAACUUCCAAAUUACUCGGUUGAUAGCUUGAAAAUAAGCGAUCUAAGGCUCAAUUUGGGCAUGACUCUAUAUGCUAAAUUUGACGUGAAGAUAACAGCCAAUAACCCAAACAAAAAGAUCGGAAUUCACUACGAGCAAGGUGGCCUGAUGAGCGUGUGGUAUACAAACAUGAAGCUUUGCCAAGGGACACUGCCAAAGUUUUACCAAGGUCACCAGAACAAAACACUACUCAACGUGGCGUUGACUGGCCAAACGCAGUACGGAAAUACAUUGAUGAAUGCACUGCAACAGCAACAACAAACCGGACGCAUCCCCUUGGAUCUUAAGGUUGAUGCACCCGUAGCAAUCCAACUCGGGAGAUUGAAGCUCAGGAAGGUAAGGAUCUUGGGGGAAUGCUUGUUGGUGGUGGAUAGCUUAACUGCUAAUAACUUGAUUAGCAUUAAAGCUAAUAAUUGUAGAUUUAGAUUGAAGCUUUGAUUGAAUUAAUCCGGCAUCAAGUCUGUGUCUGUCUGUCUACAAUUUUGGAGAUGGGAUGGGACCUGUUUUACUCCCCUUCCCUUCUCUUUAUUGCAUUUCUU